AUGGACAAGACCACAGUACAUGUAGCCGGCUCACCUCACAAGCUCGCUCGGAAAACCCAACGGUCAGUGUGGAGAACCACAACUCCCAGCAGGCUGAGCGCCUCCAGCGUCGCGUACUUCCGCUUCCGGCUGGGAAGUCAGCGCGGAGCUUGGCUCACCUUCACCUGGAGCGACUCCUGCCGACCCUCGGAGGAAACCAUGAACGAAAGAGGGGCUUAUUUGGUUACUGAGGAAGAGAUUCAUCUUACGAGAGGGCCCUCAGGGCUGGGCUUCAACAUCGUCGGCGGGACAGAUCAACAGUAUGUCUCCAAUGACAGUGGGAUCUACGUCAGCCGCAUCAAAGAGAAUGGGGCUGCAGCCCUGGAUGGGCGGCUCCAGGAGGGUGAUAAGAUCCUUUCGGUAAAUGGCCAUGACCUAAAGAACAUCCUGCAUCAGGAUGCUGUUAACCUCUUCCGUAAUGCAGGCUAUGCCGUGUGCCUGAGAGUGCAGCACAGGUUACCGGCGCAGAACGGACCUCUUGGACACCGAGGUGAAAGGGAACCAAGCGGCAUUCCCAUGGCUGUGGUGCUGGCACCAUUGUUUGCCCUCACUGUGGUCGCAGCCUGGGCGUUCAUGAGAUACCGGCAACGACUGUGAAAAAGCUUGUUCCUUCCGGUGCUCCCGUUGAAGAUGCACUUCUCUAGCCCUUCUCCCCGUCCUCCCUUCUGUCCCUGCUCUACAUAGUCAACACUAAAGUGACCAGAGCCCAUUCACAACCUUGCUGUUGCCAGUCUUCAGAUUUUUGAGUUUUAAUGGCAGAGUAAAAGUAGUGUUUGAAGGAAAGUUGAAGGAAAGAUUGCUUAAAACAGAAGAAGAGUGACCUACUUUACUAGACCUGCUAGAAUUCUCAGCUGCCACCCAAAGAGGGAAGGUCCUGUCUUCCUGGAUGAUAACUUUUUUCUAAGCUGGCAUGCCUUGACUGCCAGUUGUAUGAAAUGAUAGGAAGGAAGGAAGGAAUUUUCUUCAUAAUGAUCUUCCUUGGGAAGUUUUUGUGGCCUUUAAUUCUAACUGUGUAAGUGGGUGCCUACAUCAAACAAAGGAGACUGAAAAGAGCAUUUUUAUUAUUUUUUUUACAAAGCAAAUAUAUAUUAUAAAGUACAUAUACAUACGU